AUGUCGAGCACGAACGGAGAAGAGGAAGGAAGAAGGAGCAUGCAGAUCAUGCCAAACUGGACAAAGUAUACCCCGACCGUGUGGCCACCGCCUACCGACGUAGUCCCGAAGGAGCCUGAAGAAGGUGACUACCCGACGCACCGGGAGUAUGGGGCGGCGGUUCACCUACGCUCCCGGGUCAUAAAGCAGUGGAAGAAGAACUUUGGGCUGGCGCAGCGCGCGAUGGCGCUGCGGCUGGACACAGCAGGCAUCGACACGCGGGAAGAGUUAGCAGCCCAGCGAAAACUUUCGUAUAUCUACGAUUACCUAUUCAAGGAUUCCUAUUUCUACACUAUUUUUAACACUAUAUUAAAAACUUAUUUCACCAAGACCGGUCGUUGCGCUGGCAAGACAAUCCCCAGUCGCAUGCUCUUGGGCAAAGACGCGGUGGAAAUCGGAGAUAUGCCGUGUUGCAAGCAAAUCGUCGCGAAUUCGAUAAUUGGGCUGCACUGGUAG